AUGCGACAGAAUCCCAGUACUAAGGUUUGGUUUAUCAUUUACUAUUUGGCUAUCUCGGCUAGUACCGCCUCUGCGUCUAACACUGAGAAAGCCAUCAAAUCACUUGAAACAACGCUGGAGAGAAAAUUCAAUCAACUGAUUGCUGUAGUGAACGCCACAGCUCAUGAAACAUCAAACAUUGGGCCCGGUACGUUUUAUUAAUCCUUGAUUGCGACCCAAAGGUAUCUCGCCUGUAAGUCAAUACAGAUGCCACGCGAUACUCGACCAAGAAUACCCUCGGAUUUCAUGCUACUAAAAAAUGGAGUGUACUAAAAUGACUUAAAAUGAGAUGCUGGAGAGGCAUGUUUAGAGAGGUGUUUGUGUAUAUAAUGCGUAUGUGCGAGUCUCCACUUUAGGGAUACUAUUAUGUAUUAAUUUAAGGCUAUCAAUGGCAAGUUUGCGUUCGGUGAACCGAAACCUAGUUCAAUUAAUGAUAAAACCUCGCAAAGGUAAAUCGCUUUCGACAUUUAAUAUAGAGGACAGUUGUUUUUGCGUUGCGUCACUCAAUAUUCCUUUUUUCAACUCAGAUAUGACAAUAACUGAAAGUGCGUUAUUGCAUGAUCCGCAUUUGAAAACUAAGCUUCUUAUUCAUAUUUGCGAAAUAUAAAUUAACAAAUCAACAAUAAAAAUCUGCAAUAAUUCAAUCAAUUAAUUCUGUGAUUUCAUUAAGUUAUGGCGCUUAUGGUAAUACAGUCACUUUUAUUACGACUAAAACAUUUGAUCAAAUGAUGUUUUUUCAACUCCGUUAGGCACGUCUGGCUUUCGAACCUGCAAGGAAAUUUACAACAAUCAUAAGUAAGUUCAAAUUUGUCUGUGAGGGCAAUUUCUAAAGGACAAGAAAUUGAAGUGUAGAGUUCGUUAGUCGACCACUUUAACUGAGCCCCACGUUUUUUGCAUGUGAUGACAUUAUUCAAUAGUCUUUUACUUUUUAUUUGUCUAAGCUAGAAGGGAGCUUAAAAUCAGUUAGGGUUGACGUGUCAACUGUAGAGACUGCGAACUAGUAUAUCGAGCCCCCACCGUCACUAACCGAAAACGGCCACAAACCUAUAGUUUAAUGAUUGUUUUAAUCCAUGGUCUUCCGUCGCUUUUUGUUGUUUCACUCAUGAAUGGCCUCCAAUAAAACCGGAAGAGGUAAACAAAUUUCAUCAGUUUGAUUUUUUUUUUCACAGAGCUCGCGGAAAUAGAGCUUAUCUACUGCGAAUGCAGUCUGGGAAGGUGUUGGUGUACUGUCACAUGACAAGCAUUGGACUUGGCGCAUGUGGAGGAGGGGGAUGGACGCUGGUGAUGAAAACUGAUGGCCAUAAGGUAUUGUUACAAUCUGUUGGCUCAGAAUUAAGGCAAAAGCAUGAACAUAUAGUCCGCCAUAGUUAAUGCUGUAAUUGGCCAGGAUCAGUUAUUAAAAAGAUAGUUUUGGGAAUCUGCUAAGAAACUGCCUGACUUUUCGUAAUAAUUUUUUGCAAUUUAAUAUAUAGAGAAUUACCCGUUCACACAUUUCUUUUAAUUAUUUAUUUAUUUCCAUCACAGCCUACCUUUCACUUCAGUUCCAAACUUUGGAGCAACAAGGUCAAUUUCAACCUUCCAGGAGGGAAGACUGGCAUCGACGCACAUGAGACUAAGCUUCCAACCUACUGGAACACACCCUUCUCAAAGAUCUGCCUGGGAAUGAAAAUCGGACACCAGAAAAAGUUUGUUGUGCUCUUCAAGCAAGCCAGUUCCCUCCACUCACUGAUUUCUGAUGGUCUUUACCGCCCUACCUCACUGGGUCGCAACAAGUGGAAGUCGCUGAUUGGUUCUGUAGCUUCCCUACAGCCUAACUGUAACCAGGAAGGAUUCAACACCAAAUGGAGCUACAGCAAUCCCGCAUACGCCCUCAGAGCAGCGAGAAUUGGUAUCCUUGGAAACAACGAAAAUGAUUGCGUGACUUGUGAUUCCAGAAUCGGGUUUGGUACUGGAGGAGGCCCCGAUAACACUAACACGUGUGGAAACGAAGCUCCAGGCGGAGAUAACGGAGAGAAGCACAUCAAAGCAAUGGGAUACAUUUUUGUUCAGUAA